AUGGCGGCGGUGACUCUUACAAUCCUCUUCACCUCCCUCUGCCUCCUUUCUACAGCAUCUUGCCGGACGAUGGUCGGCCGGGCUACGGAGAUUGCCGACGUGAAAGCGAACAAGGAGGUGCAGGAGCUAGGGAAGUUCGCGGUGGAGAAAUACAACGAGGGUUUGAGGCUAUGGCAGAUUUACUUUAAUGGCGGUGAGGAAGAUGAUGGUGAAGAGAAGCUGCAGUUUGGGGAGGUGGUGGAGGCAAAGCAACAAGUGGUGUCAGGGUUGAAGUACUACUUGAAGAUUUCGGCCACCACGAAGAGGGAGAAUGGCGUUCCAAAGAUGUUCAAUUCGGUGGUGGUGGUAAAGCCAUGGCUGCGUUCCAAGGAGCUCCUCCAUUUUGGUCCUUAUUCCACUAGCUCCUCCUCCCACUCCCACUGA